GGGGGGAACAAAGCAAAGCAGGCCAGAGAGGUAUUUAAGAAACCAAGACUUUGGAAGCUCGUACUGUCCAACUGCAAGCAAGAUGAAAGUGGCGGCUGUUUCACUGGUGCUGAUACUGAGUCUGGGGGCCUCAGCCUUCCCACUGCAGCAGUGGGACCUGGCCCCGCAGGCCAAUAAGGCCAUCCAGAUGUCCCUGGAUCAGGUCAACGCUCAGUACGGCAGAGAUCGCCUCUUCAGGCUGACCAAAGGCUCCGUCAAGAGGGUGGUUCCUUUGGGGAUGAACACACACGACCUGAUGAUGAACUUUGCGGUGAGGGAGACGGACUGUCUGAAGACCUCUGGGGCCGACCCUCUGAACUGCAAUUUCCGCCGAGGCUUCUUUGUGGCGGAGGCGUCCUGCUACUCCCGCGUGCGUGUGACUGGCGAGAGUUCUCAGCUCAUCGCCCUCCGGUGCAGCCAAGCUGACAGCAGCUCCAGCAGCUCGGAGUCCAGUGAAGAGAUGAUGAGGGGCAGAACCUGGGUCUACAACCCGUUUGCACCAAGAGAGCCCGUGAACCCGCCACCUGUUGACGUCCACACUGCCGCACCCUCCCGCAGAGAGACCAUAGAGAGAGAGAACGAUAUGUUCCGAGAGAGGGCUCCCGCUCGAGGGGACAACUUCAGCAACUUCCUGUCUCGGUAGUUCAGAAGACGUCACCUGUAACUUCCCGUUUCAGUAGUUCAGAGGACGAGCAGAUCAUCAGCAAUCACCUGUAAUGUUGGAACUGGAGACCUCGAUCGUGUAGUCUAGUCACAGUUUCUAGUGAAGCCGCACAAUUCUGCUUUACAAUAACCCACAGUAUGGAUCACUGAAUCCAGGUGCACACACUAUUCUAUAUGAUGAAGCACUGGUGCAGUUCAGCACAGGUAAAUGUAAACAUGUAAUUUUUAUUCUCUUCACUUCAAUAAAUACCAUAAUAACUCUGA